AUUUUAGAGGCAAUCAUUUUCACUUAAUUUAGUUCCAUAUCGCGUUUUAUAAAAGGCACAUACAUGCUUUUAACCUUUUUUACAAAAAACUACCAUGAAAGGAUGUGUUCCUUUUGCUUAUCAAAAAGACGACGAAUCAAUCUAUGGAAUCAAUUUAUCAACGUUCAAAAUGACAGUGGCAGUUUUAUUUUUCGAACUGGAAAGGCAAAGGUAUCAAAUCAUACAUCAUAAUUCGUUUUCUCACAUUUAUGCAUUUUCAUCAUUAUUAAAUAAUUAAUAAACUACCAUUAUUAUACAUUAAAACCAGAGGAAACACUGAAUUAGUAAAAUAUAGCAAUUCACACAACUUAGGCAGCGGCUUUGCUCUGCCCCUGACAUAAGUGAAGUCCAUCCAUGGGUGACGGUAACUACUCAAUUUCAGGUGGGCUGUAUGCUCGUCUGCCUACGAGAGCAAUAAAAAUAAUUAAAAAACCUCAGCAUUCCCGCCAAAAAGUCUCGAAUUAAAAUUUUUAUUAAAAUCUGAAAAUUUCCUAGUCAUAAAGAUCUUAACACCGCCCAUCGCUUAUAAAACUGUUCAUAUGUGUGAUUCUUCAUAAAACACUAUUUGAGAUGGUUCUUCAUAUUAAUAAGUGUAGGUAUUAUCGUUGUUAAUGGUUUGAAAAUGUAAAUGUGAAAUAAAUAUACUUAUUGCCUACAAGAAAAUGUAAACAAUAACCGAACAUGAGUAAUUAUAAAAUCCAUACUGCAACGGAAUUGUGGCAGAAAGAAACCUGUUUACCAUCCAUUCCAACAUUUAGUCAGAACUUAGAUCAUAUUCUAGGGAAUGGUGGAGUGCAAUUAGGCUCACUCACAGAGGUACUUGGUCUUCCUGGUACAGGAAAAACACAGUUGUGUUUACAGCUCUGUGCUUCAGUACAAAUACCAAAAGUUUUAAGCGGAUUGAAUGCAGAGGCACUGUAUAUAGACACUAACACAAACUUUACACCAACCAGGUUUAAAGAAAUUUUAACUGCAAGCUUAUUAAAAUGUCAAAAGAUAGAACCAUCAUAUUUGUUCAAUGAAGAAGAGGCAUUGGACAGACUACAUUACAUUAAUGCAUUUGGGAUUGAGAAAUUUUGUGCAUGUAUGAACAGAAUUUCAGUUUUUGUAGCAGAACAUCCUAGAGUUAAAUUAAUAGUUAUUGAUUCGAUAACAUUUCCAUUCAAAGAAGGGAUAUCAGUGCAAAAGAGAACUGGACUGUUAUUUCGUCAAAUGGCUGAUUUACAGAGGAUAGCCAUGGAAGGCCUGGUGGCAGUGGUGCUGGUAAAUGAGAUGAGCACAAGAUUGGGUUUGUCCGGUGGUGCUGUGGUGGGCUCGUUGGGCGACGCCUGGGCCCAUCGUUGCAACAAACGGUUACUGUUGUCCAAUCCGAGUGAAUUGGGUGGAAGCAGGCUAGCACUACUACUUAAAAGUAAUAACGCACCAAAUUUAGUUGCAAAGUUUCAGAUAACAAGAGAAGGAAUAAGGGAUUCAUAAUUGAAACUAAACAUCGAACAUAGACAGAGUUUAAUCAAUAAUAAAUAUAAUGUAGAUUGUAAACAAUACUACAGCACCAAUAAAUAUCUCAUUUUCACAAAAA